GAGUCAACCUCAGUUUCCUUUCCGACGUCUCUCAGAAUGACAGCGGCAUCGUUGCCGACGCGCGUCGAAAUCUUGGCAUUACGUUCUCGACUCUCGUAGUGGUGACAGGUGUUAUACAAAGAGGUGAACUGUCGACAUAAUUAUUUUGUACUUUUACUACAUGUUCCACGUGUUCCUCGUUGAUUAGACGACAACUCAUGGCUAGCUCUAUCGUGAAAUCGUGUUACGAGUUAUAAGAAUUUUCUAAAAGUUCUUGAUUAACGUCAUUGUUAAAAUAUUCGAAUAUACAUAGAUAGAACCGAAAAAUCUUUCAUUAAAAAACCAGCAAAGAUUAUUUCGUCUCUGAAAAAUAUUCUUUUUAAUCUCAAAUUUCUUUGAAGAACGAUACGGAGUUUUAACGUAUACAUCAUUAAUAUAUACGUAUGCACAGUGUGUUAAUUCGAAUAAGUUAAGGCUGUCAGAGAAAAUUAUUACAAGUACUAAUCACCAGAUAAGGGAAUCAAGUUUAAGGAAAUCUUCAUUGUAAAAUCAGAUAAGUUUUAAUGCAAGAGAAUUUGCAUUAAAGAUUCAGGAAACAAUUAAAAGUAUACAAAGCGAGAAGUAUUCACAUUUGCAACUAUGAGAUAUUAUUUAAUUGCGUUACGCAUUCUUCGUGCUGCUCUCGUAAUAGCAACUAUUCUUUGCUCUGUUUAAAACGCAAAUAAUUAUUUAAAAAAUCCACAAUUAACGUGAAAUCAAAAGGAUAUCGAAUACAAUGGACCGUAGUAUAUUGCGACAAACAUUGAUUGGAUUCGUAUGUAGUAUUUUAAUCAUCGAUUGCGGCUUGCACGAAGGAUGGAGUACGCCAACCAUACCGAAAUUCAAUCACGAGGAUCCUUUAAAAGUGACGACUAAUGAAAUUGCUUGGAUCGUGAAUCUCAUGUAUGUGGGGGUCGGUAUUGGCUCGUUGGUACCAUUUAUACUGAUGGACAAUAUCGGACGUAAAGGAACCUUGUUAGUCACCACUAUACCAAAGAUCAUUUCUUGGCUCUUCAUCGGGCUGUCCACUUCGGUACCGUUUAUAUAUAUCGGACGAAUACUCGCGGGUAUAGGAUGUGGUAUAACUUAUGCCGUGAUGCCAAUGUAUCUCGGCGAAAUCAGCAGCAAGCGAACCAGGGGUCCUUUAGGUACUUUAAUGGCUGUUCUAAUGAACAUUGGGAUGAUGCUCAUUUAUGCCAUCGGCCUGUGGAUCAGUAGAUUCGCGAUGGCGAUGAUAAGCGUAUGCGCGCCAGUGCUAUUUCUGCUGACUUUCAUGUGGUUACCCGAGAGCUCGGUAUUCCUAACGCGUAAGAACAAACUCGAUCCCGCGCAGAAAACCCUUCAAUGGGCCUUGGGUAAAGAGAACGUGGACGAGGAACUUGAGGAAGUGAAACGUAUCGUGGAAACCGAGGACAAGUGCAGCAAGAUAACUCUCAAGGAUAUGUUCAGAGAGAUCUUCACCAAGGUACAGAAUAGAAGAGCCUUUCGUAUCGCUAUGAUAGUACUGAGCGCCUUAACAUUGACGGGCGCGGCACCGAUACUCGCUUAUCAGUCGUACAUCUACGAAGAGGCCGGCUUCGAGAUUUCAACUAACACUAGCAUUAUCCUGACGGGUAUCAUCAUCGUUCUGUCUGGCGGUGCCUGCGUAAUGGUGGUGCGUUUCACAGGCAAGAGGUUUCUGCUGCUGAUGUGUGCACCGAUCUGCGUGCUAUCCCUGAUCUCGAUAGCUAUUUUCUUCGAGCUACAGUCCAGCGGCUACGAUGUUUCUCGAUUCAAGUGGGUGCCUACAGUCUUCGUGGUGAUUUACGUGUUCGGUUAUGGAUUCAGCCUUAAUCCAAUACCGCUGGCAUAUAUGGGCGAGAUCUUCGGCGUCGAGGUCAAAGUACCUGCCGCGGUGCUCAACGCUCUUUACUACGCCAUAAGCACCACUGCCGUUGUAAAGUUUUAUCAGGUUAUGCAAGAGUUGUACGGCACGUUUGCACCAUUAUGGGCAUUUUCUGCGAUAACAUUUUUUAUAUGGGUAUUAAUUUAUCUAUUUGUGCCGGAGACCGAAGGCAAAACCUUGGAAGAGAUACAGUUGGAAUUGCGAAAGAAAAAAAUAAAAAGGACGAAAAGAAAAGAAGAACUAGAAACAUAAAUUAGAAAUCGUAUUCAAAUACUUAUUGUCGUACAACUAAAUAUAUGUGAAACGCAUAUAGUUGAAAAUUAUACAACGAUGUUUUAUAAUGAUGACAGUUUCCGAUUCACAAAUUUACACACACACACAAACAUAUAUAGACAGGAUGUUUCAGACUACCUGUUUAAAAACUAGAGAAGUGGUUAUUUCAAAAAAGUAAAAACAUUUUUUAUAAAUUGGGUGCGCUCUAUCGAAUGGUGAUAUUUUCAACUUCCGGCCGGAAAUAGGCGAUUCAGACUGAAAGUGCAUUU